UCUCCUCCGCUCCCCCUUCGCGCCCUCUUUUCCACACUCUCUCCACUGCAUCCUCCACCCCACUCUCUCUCACUCCCCCACCUCUCUCUCGCUCCCACCAAUGGAGGAGUCCACCGACGCCGGAGAUCUCGCCGGAGGAGGACGAGCUCCGCUACCGGAGCCCCGAUCGGGUGGUCUCGGCGCCGGGAGUGGUGUUGGCGGCGGCAGAGCGCGGGAUGGGAGGUCGCCACCGCUCGCCGGAGAUAUCGCCGGAGGAGGGGGGCCUCCGGCGCCGGAGCCAAGAUCUCGGGGACUUGGAGCUGGGAGCGGCGGCGGAGCGCCGGAGCGGAGGGGGCCGCCGCUCGCCGGAGCCAGGUACAGGUCGAUGUCGCCGGCGCAGCUCCCGAUCCCGCGCGCGCCGUGCCUCACCAUCCCCCCAGGACUCAGCCCCUCCGCGCUCCUCGAAUCCCCCGUCCUCCUCACCGACCCCAAGGUUGAGCCUUCCCCAACCACUGGUACUUUGACUAUGCCUUAUAUCAUGAAUAGAACUGUUCAAGCAGAUGCAUUAUCUUCUUCAAGGGAGACUUCUAUAAAUAGUGCAUACAAUAAUGGGAGCUCUGGAGAUUUUGAGUUCAAGCCCCAUGCCAGAUCAUAUUUGCAUACAUCAGUACCUACAUUGCGAGCUUCGGGUUCUGCUAAUGCUAAUCUCCAAGAACACGAGCCUUUUGUGCAAACACAAAUUCAAGCCAAUAAUCCUUAUAAUCAUGCAGUGACAGCUCACAAUGAAGCUUUCACUACACAGGAAUCAACUCUCUCAAUAAUUUCUCGAACUUCUCCAACUCAACCUGUUGAAUGUUCAGAGGAAAAUAUCACAGAAUUACGGUCUGAUCCUGGUGGACCUAAUCCUUCCUCUGUAGUUGAGAAAUCCGCAGAAGAUGGAUAUAACUGGCGCAAGUAUGGGCAGAAACAUGUUAAAGGAUGUGAAAAUCCACGUAGUUACUACAAAUGUACACAUCCUAACUGCCCAGCAAAGAAGCAUAUAGAACGCUCCAAUGACGGACAAAUAACUGAAACUAUCUACAUAAGCGAGCAUGAUCAUCCUAAACCUCAACCUAACCGUCGAUCAGCAGUUGGUGCACUUCUGUCCAGCCAGGGAGUGGACAAACCUGAUUGUUUAUUAAGUGCUGAAGUCAAUCCAAUUGGUACGACUGAGCUUUCUUCUGGCUCAGCUAGUGAGGAUGAUGUUGAUGGUGGAGGUGGUCGAUCCAACACUGGUGAUGAAAUUGCUGCUGAUGGUGACCUAGAGGCAAAACGCAGGAAAUUGGAUGCUCCUAAUUUUGAUGCUACUGCAAUCAAUAGACCUAACCGUGAACCACGUGUGGUUGUACAAACUAUAAGCGAAGUUGACAUCCUGGAUGAUGGGUACCGCUGGCGGAAAUAUGGCCAAAAGGUAGUAAGAGGCAACCCGAAUCCAAGGAGUUACUACAAAUGCACAUUUAAUGGGUGUCCUGUAAGGAAACAUGUUGAGAGGGCGUCGCACGAUCCAAGAGCAGUAAUAACCACCUAUGAGGGCAAACACAACCAUGAUGUUCCUGCCUCGAGGACCAACGGCCAUGGAGUUUCUGCAUCGAUGACUACUACAAGCGUUCAAAACCCUACCAACAACCAAUUCACCCAACCAGAGGAGAGCGACACGAUCAGCCUCGAUCUUGGUGUCGGGUUCAGCCCAAAUCACAACAGCCCUGCCGAUGAGGCACAGUCCUUGGGCAUAGACCAAACCCCCCAUCACCAAAUGCCAUCUGAUAGUUCCAUUCACGCAAGCCAAGUAUCGGCGCUAUAUAGAAGUGGCAGCAUAUAUGGGUAUAUUGAAGACAAGAAUGAGGGUUUUACCUUCAAAACAGCACCUGUGAGCCAUUCAUCUAACUUAUAUUCUGGGAAUUCAGUGCUGGAUUCAUAGGAUCAUCAGCUGGUUACUCUAUCAUAUCCUUGUAUUUUAGAUUUCUACUUCAGUUGUUUCCUAUUAUUCAGGGUUUAGGAAAGAUAGUUAAGUGUUCUUCUGACAAUUUGUAUAAUCUUGUACUAUAAUUAAUUCUGAUGCUUUAUAGAGAGGCGAAAGUCCAAUGUGGACCUUUCGAGCAUUAGUAAAAGCUAUUUGUUGUUGUAUGCACUUUGUAAUCCUAUGUUAAUUUGUACAAGGGUUAGAUGUUGAUAAUCA